AUGGCGACAGGCUUCAAUUUCAGCCCUCGCAUGCAUCAAUUGAAGGGUAUCACGUCCUCGACGCGAACGGUUCGUCUGCAACAAACGUAUGGGGUCGCACCAUGCCUCAGCAGAAGAUUCGCGUCGACAAGCUCAGAACCACUCGUCAAGCCUACAAAGAAGAAGAACAAGCCAUUAAACAAAUAUGUCUUCCGCAGUUCGCUAGCUUUGGUUCUCCUGGGUGGAUAUUUUUACCUCACAGAUACUCGAUCCAGCGCUCACAGAUACGUCGCUGUCCCGCUUGUACGUUGGCUGUAUCCGGACGCGGAGGAUGCUCAUCACACUGGUGUUAUCGCGCUCAAGGAGCUUUAUAAACUGGGCUUGCAUCCGCGAGAGCGCAGUUCUCCGGAUGAAGAUGGGAAAUUAGCCACAGAGGUCUUUGGAUACACGCUCUCCAACCCCAUUGGGAUCUCGGGUGGGUUGGACAAGCAUGCAGAUAUUCCUGACCCGCUGUUUGCGCUGGGACCUGCGGUUGUAGAAGUCGGUGGAACUACUCCUUUGCCUCAGGACGGAAACCCCAAGCCUCGAGUAUUUAGAAUUGUCUCGCAAUCAGGAAUGAUCAAUCGUUAUGGUCUGAAUUCAAAGGGUGCCGACCACAUGGCUGAGGUCUUGAGACAACGAGUUCGUGCGUUUGCCUCUGCGAACGGCUUUGGGUAUCAUGAAGCCGCCGAAGAGCGUGUGCUGAAUGGCGAAGCUGGUGUGCCGCCGGGGAGUUUGACUGAGGGAAAACUGCUUGCGGUUCAAGUCGCGAAAAAUAAAGUUACGCCCGAGACGGACAUUGCUGCUGUCACGAAUGACUAUGUGUAUUGUGUCGAUCGACUCGCCCCGUACGCAGAUAUCAUGGUAGUGAAUGUGUCAAGUCCCAAUACACCGGGUUUGCGAGGUCUUCAAGCAGCGGGCCCAUUGACAGAAAUUCUCAAAGGCGUGGUGGGAGCUGCCAAGCGAAUUGACCGCAAGACAAAGCCAUUUGUUAUGGUCAAAGUGAGCCCCGACGAAGAUUCCGAAGAACAAGUUGACGGUAUCUGCCACGCUGUCCGCGAGUCUGGCGUGGAUGGUGUCAUUGUCGGCAACACAACAAACAGACGGCCCAGACCGCUACCCAAGGGAUUUGUGCUUCCACAAAAGGAAGAGCAGACGCUGACUGAGACUGGAGGCUACUCUGGUCCACAGCUCUUCGAGCGUACUGUGGCAUUAGUAUCUCGCUACAAGGAGAAACUGGGUAAUGGCGAGUCACCCAAAACUAUCUUUGCAUCAGGUGGCAUCACCAAUGGAAAGCAGGCUCAAGCUGUUCUCGACGCCGGUGCGUCUGUCGCCAUGAUGUACACGGCUAUCACGUAUGGCGGAACAGGCACCGUCACGCGAGUGAAAAACGAACUUCGAGAGGAAAGGAAUAUAUAG